AGAUUGCGGAAAGACUGGUCCGCCGCGCAUUUACCUCAGCUCGGUUCUGGUUCUUGGGUUGCUUAGCUCGUGCUUACUGACGUCACGGGUAGAGACCAGCCUCGCGCCUCUGAAAGGCUGUACCUGACGGGUCCGUGUGUGGACGGUUGCUGCGCCAGUGAAUCACCGUCCGCUCCAGACAGUUGCCUAAAGGGAGGAGUUCCCAAUGGAUAAAGCCAAAAAAAAGCUGGGCGUCACUCCUUCCCACGCUGGCCAGGCAUGGGGAAGAAAACACAGCAAUAUAGACAAAGAUCAGCUCGGUCGGCCUUCAGUGUCAGGAAAACACAGAGCUUCAAGCUAUGACAUAUCAGGUAUGGACCCAGAUGAUGAAUCCGUCACAGAUUUUACAAAAAAUGAGCUCUUAGUAUUCAAGACUAGCUUUGCAAGACAGAAAUAUGGUAACACUUACAGGAUGGAACCUUAUAGAAAAUGUGAGGCUCAUAUAGUAAGGAAGAGAGCUGAAGAUAUUCUAAAGCAGAAACUUCAAGAUUUCAAAUAUAUUGGAAUCAAUGGUGCCCCCACUUGUACAGCUAUCUCAGAAGAUAUAUUAGCAGGUGUCAAGGAUCUGGGGUUUGAUCGUUACAAGUAUAUAGUUCAGUUAUUUCUUGUGCAAAAGACUGGUCAGUCAAUACAUAUUGCCAGCAGAUGGGUCUGGGAUGUUGCAAGAGACACUUGGGUCCAAGCACAAUAUGAAACUGAGAACUACAUUAUGGUGGCUCUAGUAGUUGCUUCCUAUUUUGAGUAAUUAAUAAAUUAAUUUUUGGACAUUUAUAUAGCUGCCUACUCACUCACAGCAACUCUAGAUGGCUUACAAACAGUAAGGAAACAUUGUAGCACUAUAUUGAGAUUUUUCUUGUUCUAUUUGCUCAAAUAAAUAUAUUUGCUUCAACCACACUACCACUGUAACACUUUUUGUGUAAAACAUUUAUGACAAAGUGAUACUCCUUGCUGCCUGUUGAGUAUUGAUAACCAAACAACUGGGCAUGCCUGUUACUGUCUACAGGUAGUCCUUGGUUAAAGAUGAUUCAUUCAGUGACCAACGUUAUGAUGGUGCUGAAAGAGUGUGGAUUACUAGUCUUGAAGUUCUUAAUUGUCCGGCAUCCCCAUGGUCACGAUUUCAAACUUGCAGCAUCUGUCAGUUAAGUAAUCAUAAUUAGUGACUUUCCCUGCCAGCUGAGUCCAGUUUAGGACUUUAUACAUAUCUGUAUACUGCUAAAACUCUUAUUAUCUGUUUGAUAAUUGA